AUGGUUAAUGAGAUGAACGGAGAAUGUACAAUGUGGACUGGAAAAACCACACACUGUGUGGUUGGUGGACAACUUUAUUCCCAUACUGGUGGCGGAAGUAAUCUCUUAUGUCUACCAAAUGAUCCCAUUUGGGCCAAUUAUACAACAGGAGAUGAAAAAGGUGGUUACAUUUAUGGCAGUGAAUAUCAAAUAGGUAUAUACCUGACUAAUAAAAUCUUUUCUUUUGCUAAAGCUAAAUCGCUUGAAGAUCACAACGUUCCGUGCGCUGUCUGUUUGACACGACAACCUGCUGUUGUUAUGAUGUUACCAGCCAGGACAAAGUGUUACGCUGGUUGGAGAGCUGAGUAUUCGGGAUAUUUGAUGGCCAAUUAUUACUUACAUAAGGGCAGACAAGAAUAUGUGUGUGUGGACUACGCACCAGAAGCUGAUCCAGCAGGUUACAGAAACGAAAAUGGAGCUCUAUUAUAUUUCGUUGAGGCUGUUUGUGGUUCAUUGCCAUGUCCACCGUAUGUCAAUGGUCGAGAAUUAACCUGCGUUGUGUGCAGUAAAUAUUGAAUAGAAAUUAAAUUCGGUUCCAUAUGAAAAUAUGUCUGUGAAUUACAAUAAAUAACAUAAAAUUUUAAUUGUGUUACCUAAUAUUUUCCUUAAAGUAUGUAUAUCGUUAAAAUAAACUGGUAUACUAGUCUUCAGAAGAUAUUGAAAACCAAUCAAAGGAGGCGAUGUAGAAUGCCAGAAAUAUCCUC